GGUGUCAGAGGCAGCUCUUGAGGGCCUCACCUGUCCUAUUGCUGGAAUAUAUUUAUUAUUCAUUUUCUUUGCCUCAUGCUAUUUUGAACUCCAGGCCUGCGACCGAGACCAGCAGUGCGGAGGAGGGAUGUGCUGCGCUGUUAGCCUCUGGAUCCGCAGCCUGCGCAUGUGCACGCCCAUGGGAAAUUUGGGAGAGGAGUGCCAUCCUUUGAGUCACCGAGUUCCCUUCUCCGGGCGGCGGAUGCACUACACCUGCCCGUGCCUCCCCAGCCUGGCCUGCCUACGGACCUCGCCCAGCAAAUUCAAAUGUUUACCAGACUUCAGAAAAGAAGAUGUCUUUUUUUAG